ACCAUCGUCUUCAUCACAGGAGAAGAAGACGAGAAAAGAUGGAGAAGUCAACAUUUUCUCACUUUCUCUCUCAUUUCCUUCUUCUUCCUUAUCAUCAAUCAUCAAUAUUUUUGUUGGUUUCGUUUUACAAUUAUUUUUUUGAUUUGCUGUAUUCAGUUCCAUUUUAUUUCUCUACACCUAUUUCUCCUCAACCUCUUUUGAUUCUUUAUUAAUCUCAACCAAACCAAAGAAACCCUAAUUCUCAAUAUGUGAGCUAUUCAUGGAAAAGCAACAACUGGUUAAUUUGUUAUUCUCAUCCUGUUAGAGUGCCACAAGAAGUGGUUUGAUCAGGGGAAGACUCGUGUUCCAAUACAUAAAUAUAAUUUCAAUCGUCUUUUAACUCAGAAUAAGGUGUGCUGGAAGACAUGACAGAGAGCUGGGAAAGUUUCGACUCUGGUAGCCAGUCGGAACAGAGCUUUCACCUUGAAAGAACACACAUUGAGCCUAUUUAUGAUUCAUUUUUAUGUCCACUAACGAAACAAGUGAUGAGAGAUCCUGUUUCCAUGGAAAAUGGUAGAACCUUUGAACGAGAAGCUAUUGAGAAGUGGUUCAGGGAACUGAGAGAGAGUGGAAGGAGAUUAGUUUGUCCACUGACACAGAAAGAAUUGAAAAAUGCUGAUCUAAACCCUAGCAUAGCUUUGCGCAACACAAUUGAAGAAUGGAUGGCUAGGAAUGAAGCUGCACAGCGUGAAGUUGCUCAUAGAUGUUUGUCUCUAGAUUGUUCAGAGCAUGAAAUUUUGCAGGCUUUGAAUUACAUUCAGAACAUCUGCUUGCAAAGCAGAUCAAAUAAGCAUGCUAUUCGCAACGCAGAGUUAAUACCUAAGGUUGUUGAUAUGUUAAAGAGUAGCAGCAGGAGAGUUAGGAGUACUACUCUAGAAACACUCCAAAUCGUUGCAGAGGAGGAUGAAGAGAAUAAGGAAAUAAUUGGUGAAGGAGAUACUGUUCGCACAAUUGUUAAAUUCUUAAACCAUGAGCAUUCCAAGGAGAGGGAGGAGGCUGUGUCAGUGUUGUAUGAGCUCUCAAAGUCUGAAGCUCUAUGUGAAAAGAUCGGCAUGGUCCCUGGUGCAAUUCUUAUAUUGCUUGGAAUGUCAAGUAGUGAUUCAGAGAAUGUUGUGGCAGUCGAGAGAGCUGACAAGACAUUAGACAACUUAGGGAAAUGUGAAAAGAAUGUGUUGCAAAUGGCUGAAAAUGGUAGACUACAACCUCUUCUUACGUUGCUACUUGAAGGUUCCCCUGACACUAAACUGGAAAUGGCUGCAUUCCUCGGUAAUCUGGUUCUUAGCAAUGAUGCGAAAGUUUUUGUUGCCCAAACAGUGGGUUCAGCACUAGUCAACGUCAUGAGAAGUGGAAACAUAAAACUAAGAGAAGCCGCUCUGAAGGCACUGAAUCAGAUAUCAUCUUCUUGUGAGAUUAGUGCCAGGGUGUUAAUAGAAGAAGCUGGGAUACUUCCCCCACUAGUCAAGGACCUUUUCACUGUUGGCAGCAAUCAACUUCCGAUGAGGCUAAAAGAAAUCUCUGCAACAGUUCUCUCCAACAUUGUAAACUCCGGUUAUGAUUUUGAUUCUGUGCCACUUGGGCCUGAUCACCAUGAAACCCUCGUUUCUGAAAGCAUAAUCCACAGCCUACUUCAUCUCAUCAGCAAUACGGGUCCUGCAAUUGAGUGCAAGCUUCUCCAGAUACUUGUAGGUCUCACUGGUUCACCUACUACUGUUUUAGAUGUUGUUGCAGCGGUUAAAAGCUCGGGAGCUAUAGUCAGCUUGAUUCAGUUCAUUGAAGCUAUACAACCGGAUCUUCGUUUCGCUUCAAUAAAACUAUUGCAGAACCUCUCUCCGCAUAUGGGUCCAGAGCUAGCCCAUGCUCUGUGUGCGACUGCUGGCCAGUUAGGCAGUCUGAUUAAAAUCAUAUCAGAAGCAGGUGGAAUCAUGGAAGAGCAGGCUGCAGCUGUUAGUAUGUUGGCCGAUCUUCCAGAGAGGGAUAAAGGCCUCACUCGGCAAAUGCUAGAUGAAGGUGCCUUCGAGGUAAUAAUCUCCAGUUUGGCUCGGGUCCGGCAGGGGGAAACCAAGGGAAGCCGGUUCACAACUCCAUAUCUAGAAGGACUUGUUAGAGUUCUAGCAAGGCUCACAUUUGUAUUGGAGGAUCAGCCAGAAGCUAUUUCUCUUGUGCGUGAGCGCAACAUUGCAGCAUUGUUCGCCGAUCUGCUUCAGGUGAAUGGCCUAGAUAAUGUGCAGAUGGUGGCUGCCAUGGCUUUAGAGAAUCUCUCGCUAGAAUCUAAACAUCUAACGCAAACUCCGGAGAUGCCAAAACCUGGGUCUUGUUUUUCAAUCUUUUGCGCCAGCAAGCCAAAGGGAAUUACUGGACUGUGCCGACUCCACCUUGGAAUCUGUUCGUUCAGGAACACCUUUUGUCUUUUAGAAGGAAAAGCAGUUGGGAAAUUGGUGACCUGUUUAGAUCACACAAAUGAGAAGGUGGUUGAAGCUGCAUUAGCAGCAAUUUGCACUUUGCUGGAUGAUGAGGUUGAUGUUGAGCAAGGUGUGAUUGUGUUGGAUGAAGUGGAUGCGAUUAAGCUGAUACUUGAUAUUUUGGUUGAGAAUCGUUCGGAAAUCUUAAGGCGGAGGUCAGUUUAUGCUGUUGAGAGGCUUUUGCGGACUCAAGAUAUUGCCGUAGAAGUUUCUGGUCAUCCCAAUGUGAAUACUGCACUUGUUGAUGCCUUCAGGCAUGGUGAUUUCCGGACUCGACAGAUUGCUGAGCGCGCCCUGAAGCAUGUUGAUAAGAUACCCAACUUCUCUGGCAUCUUUCCAAAAUAAUAGUCCAUGUACUAGUGGAUGAAGUCACUGUUCUUCUUUUCUUUGUGAGUUUUCCUGUUGUUCGAAGUUGAUAUUUGAGGCCUGAUUUCCGAUCAUUAAGCUUCCCCUGUAUCCUGUACACGCUGCCAUCAUCAUCUACUUUCUGUUGUAGUCUCUUUUAUCUUUCAGUGUGUUAAGAGGGUAGAAAUGUAUGUAUUAUAACCUUUAUUUGUCAUAAUUAUAAGUUGUAAAAGGGUUCACCGGUAAAAAAGAGUUGUGGAAGGUGUUCCUUUGUUCUACAAUUAAAUGUUCUGGUACACCAUAUUUACUUCGAGUAACUUCAUUUUUGGAUUCCUCUUG